AUGUUUAACCCUACCUAUAGGUGUUUAACGGCAAUUACGGAUACAUGCCUCCCAAAGAACUUUAUGCAUGCGACAGAUCUGGCCUUUUAUUUCCCUCGAUUUCAGCCACGCGUGCACCUUCGCCCGAAUGGCAUACCGGAGUUACAGGACGCUCUGGCGUUGCUUCAGCCCGCGGAGGCAAAUUCUCAGCGGCGAUGGUCAAAACCCAACGCCAUGAGCGCAGAAGAGUGGGGGAAGUGCUGUGACAAGGCUUUUACUUUAUUAGAUCGUGCGGAAGAGAUCAUGAAAAACGUGGGUGGACUCAAAAAUUUCUCCACUGCUGAUGUUUUACGGUCGAUUUCUGCAGUGAAAUUCGAACUCCUUAACGGUGUCGAGCAUCUACCUCGUUCCGAGUACGCUAAGCAUGUUAAUAUUUACCGUAUGAUUCUUAAACAAGCGGGCGGUCUUCUUUUCUUUAACGAUUGCUGGGAUAAAUCGGAUGUACAGCAAAUAGACACUGCGUGUGUUAUUGUUGCUCAUUUUGUUCGCGCCUUUUGCGCAUUACAUCAGAAACCUUUCCAUACAAAGCAAGAGGAUGGAAUCAAGAAAAAAUAUGGCAAUAUUUCUGCCUGGUCAAUGGUGUUGGAUGAGGCAAAGGAGAGUGGGGAGAAUAUUCUCACGCUACCGAUGGUUAUGGAUCGUGUCGAUGAGCUGUUAAAAUUAAGUCGUAAGGCGGCUGAGACUCAUGCUGAAAAGAAUCCUGAUCUUCGCUGGAAUGUGCCCAAGCUCCUGUUGAUAAAAGGUAUUCUUACAAUCCCUUUGACAGGACAUCUUGGGCAGGCUCAAGAACAUAUCAAUGAGGCCGCCAAACUUGUUUAUGAGUCGUUGCGAAGGAAGCAGCCGAUCUUGGACGGUCUUCUAGCUCGUAAACAGGAGCCGGAGUUAGGUCUUUUUAUGCUUGCCCAGGCAGAAAUGGCGGCACGUGUCUUUGACUGGUCUGCCAGCCCCAAUGAAGUGGAUAAAGGUGUUAUGGAAAUGUUUGAAGCAGCUGCCAAAUUUUACUCAUCACCUUAUAACACCGCACUAGAUGCGGACGGUAUAAUGUCUGCAGACGGUGUUGAGGAACGACGGUUUGAGACGGAUGCAUAUGCAUCAUGCUUGCUGAGCUACGGUACAUUUUUGUUGGGUGCGCCACGACCUCCGGGAACAUCGCGGCAUGAUACUCCCGUGUUUCUUCCUAAUCAAUUGUUUACCAUGUCUCCUAUUUGUACCGUGUCAACAUCCUCAGAUAUCAUCUUCUCGGAAGUGCGAGAACCGGUAUCCAUGGCCAUUGACCUCGUACGCAAGCGGACAGGUGAGACUCUUGAACGAGCUCUUGAGCUUAACCGCACUCUUUACCCGGAACACAAACAAAACCCAAAGGCAGGUUGGACACUUCUCGCAAUGGCAUCUCUUUAUGCGGAUAUGCGGGACUAUUUAUACGCAACGGGCCUUUUUUCAUCGGCCGAAAAAGCACUUGUGGAAAACUAUGGAAAUAAUUCGCUGGAAAGACUUUUGGCUCUCAAAUUGCGUUACGAAUUUUUAGCCGGUGUGGGCUCUGAACAGGAGGCAAAGACGGCUGCACAUGAGGUGGUGCAGCUGCUGAGACACAUGGAUUCCAUUCCCCGCUCAUGA